AUGUAAACGAAUGAGUGUUCUAGGAAGUUGAUAUAAUGCAGAUCAUGUUUGUUUUUUUAUUAGAAAAAUCUAUUUUCACAAUAAAAUCAAGUUUCAAUGAAAGUUCUUUCAUAUAAAUCACUAAACUAAUAAAUAUGCUCUAUUAACGUGUGCAUGCACAUUCUGUGACUUGCUUUCCAAUUACCUAUAGGAUUUUUUUUUUUUAAGGGGGGAAAAUCAUCGAAUGACUGCUCCCGCCUGGGUGAGGCGGGAGGGAGUGUCAGACUCUUACUGACUAAAAACCACCCCGUUUCUUCUCCUGCACGUCGAGCCGGAGCCCCGGUAACCCGUUAG